AUGAGCCACCUUGCGACCAGCGCGGUUGUCCGAAUUCUGAUCGAGGAGCGACUGGGCUACAAGGUCGUCGAGCAAGGACCAGGCCCGGGCACGCUCAACGCCUUUUAUGCCCUCCUGGGCUGCACAUCUCCUUUGAAUCUCACUGAUCGCGGCUGCGGCGCCCCGGUGACCUACAGCCACAUCAACAUGGAGACCUGGGCCGAGGGUUACGCAAAUGAGUGGAAUGAGAUCCAGGCUCGUUUCACCUCCAUCGCACCGAUCAAUGCUGGAAGCAUGGGCUACGUCGGCAAAGCAUCCGCGUUCAUUCCGCAGCGUGUUCGGGAGCAGGCAUACUUCCAGGAUGGCACAGUGUUGGACUUCUUCCGUGGCUGGAACGUCUCCUGGAGCUCGCCGUGGAUGUUCUUUGACAGCCUUGACUCCAUCGAGCGAAGCCAUCUUCUCCCUUGCAACCAGACUCGGUUCAUGAUCAGCAAGGCCAACGAAGACUAUUUGCGCCACUUGCUGCAUUUUCUCAUGUUCGAGGUCGUGGGAAGGACUCAUAUUUUCCCAAGACAUUUCCUGUGA